AUGUCUAUCACUUUUGACCCUUCAGAAUGGCUCUCGUGCGGUCGUUUGUUUCCCCAGGGAUGUCCUCCGAAAAUAAUUCAAGACGAGAUCAAACAUCUUGAAGCCAUGCCACUGUGGAUCAGCAUCUCCACUCCCUCCCCAGAUCUCUCCGUGGAUACAUUGCUCAACCUUUCCAUCAACCUUGCAUUUGAUGACAUUGAUAAGGGGUCAGUCCUUAGGUUUUUCUCCCAACAAUCUGCUUUGAAUGAUUCUGAGCUUCUGAAGGACUUUCUAUCAUGUCCUGUAUCAUCUUUUGCGCUCUCGUCAGAACUUCGACAACUGUUUGGACAAGCGUGGUUUGAUGGCUGUCAUUCCAUCAUUCACGCAGCUUUCCCAACAACUCCUCUUCCAUUAUGGGUGCUAUCAUACUGGUAUUCCAUGGCACAGGUCAUGGUGGCUCGAUGGGAAUCUGCAGAUAAUGAUGGCUUUAUUGUCGUUAUGGAGAUUUUAAAUGUCCUUGGCUGUCUUCCAUGGGAUGUUCGCUGGAAAGGUUUUGGUGCAGAGGGAUCAGUUCGGUCAUCAGAAUUAGCUUUACUGCUUGCUGACUCUAAAAUUAAUGGAUGUUUGAUUGACGCUCUCAUCAUGUCGGUGGUACACAAAUACAUGCUCUCAGACCCUGAAAAUUGCUCAAGAGUUGCUAUCAAACCACUUGCACUAUCUACUGCACUACGAUGUGAUGCUUCACAAUGGAAGGAGUAUGCAACACACAACGCUUUCAAAUGUCUCCGCUAUAUCGGUGACUGCCUUCAUGAUGGCACGCUCCAAUGUGUUAUUUUUCCCAUCAAUAUCACCAAUCUUCACUGGGCAGUCUUUGAAGUUAAUGCAUCACAACAAGAAAUACUCUAUGGUGACUCGCUUGACUGGACUUGUCCCUCUGCAGACAUUGAUGUAAUGCGCUGUUGGCUGAAGCAGCACAGCUUCAAACCAUUUCGCAAGGCCCUUGGUAUGCCACAUGGGGACCAGCAUGAUUUGUAUUCAUGUGCAGUUGCUGCUCUGAACACGAUUCAUCAUGCAAUAUUCCAAGACCACUGUUUUCUGAUGAUGUGA